UGAUUUCUUUCCUCGACGCAGUGUUACCACAAACCUGGUGGAAUUCGUCUCCAACUGCCACGCAGCCUUUACUUCCGGAGCUCAGAUGGAUGCAGUAUACACUGAUCUUAAGGCUGCGUUUGAUCGUGUGAACCAUCGCUUGCUGUUGGCUAAGCUCGCCCGGAUCGGUCUCUCUACUCAGCUGGUGAAUUGGUUCAGGUCCUAUAUCUCUAAACGUAGCUACUACGUACAAAUCGAUGGUGUCUCCUCUAAGGUUUUCGAGAGUUCAUCUGGCGUCCCUCAGGGCAGCAACUUGGGACCACUGCUGUUCUCGCUUUUUAUUAACGACGUCACACUGGCCAUUACGGAAGCAGAUUGUCUGCUUUAUGCGGAUGAUGUUAGGCUGUUUCGCAUCGUACGGAACACUUCCGACUCUCUUUCUCUGCAAAGAUCGAUUGAUGUUUUCUCUGACUGGUGUAUCAAUAACGACCUGCUAAUUUCUGUUGAUAAGUGUACGUCAAUGUCUUUCUUUAGAAUAGCUAGUCCGAUAAGGUAUAUCUAUAGCAUAUCAGGGACACAACUACCGCGGUGCAAUACGGUCAGGGAUUUAGGAGUCACCCUGGAUCGCAAACUAGAUUUCCGACAACAUUACUGUGAUAUUUUAGACAAAGCUAACAAAAUGCUAGGAUUUAUUCGUCGACAUUCGAGAGAUCUUAAUGACCCACACUGCCUGUUAACUCUGUAUAAGUCCUAUGUUCGUUCCAUCCUCGAGUUUAGUUCUACAGUUUGGUGUCCGUUCUCUAGUGUUAGGUCCAAUAGAAUAGAAGCUGUCCAAAAGAGAGUUACUCGUAUUGUCCUACACUUCACUCCGUGGCGUAAUGUAACCCCUCGUCCAUCGUAUCAUACUCGUUGUUUGUUGUUUGGUCUGGACACACUUGCUAGGAGACGUGAUAAUGCCCAAUGUACGUUUUUGUCCAAACUUAUUGUCGGUGAGAUAGAUUCGCCAGAACUACUGGCUAGAGUCAACAUAAAUGUCCCUCCUAGAGUGUUCCGUAACUACACACUAAUAAGAACUGACCUUACAAGACGUGCAUACAGCGAGAACGACCCAAUGACUGCGAUGGCCCGUAAAUUUAAUCAGCGUUACAUUUUAUUUGACUGGCACCUACCUACUAGAUUCUGUUGAUCCGUUUUGUCAUUGUACACUGCGUUAGUUAUUUAAGUUUUAGUUUUAAUUCAGUGAUAAGGCCGCUUGUUUGGCCAAUCACUUAAUACAAUAAACAAUACAACAAUACAAUACAUGGACAAGGCCCUCCGGAACCAGAACAUUCUCGAUUGCUGGAAGUGCGCGACUUAACCUUGACAAAGGCAAAGGAGAUCGCAUUCGGAAUGGAAAUGUCUCAUCGUGGAACCGAUGAAAUGCACAACUCACGUCAAAAAAGUGAGGUUCAGCACAUCGAGCAUGGAGCAAACAAAACUAAAAAAAGUUUCCAGUCAUCGAGCCAAGCCAGUUCCAGUCAAAGUUCCGGUCGCCUGUCGAACAAGCAGAAUGGUGGAAAUAAACGAUGUUAUCGUUGCGGGGAUCCUGACCACUACGCAGACAAAUGCAAACAUAAAGCUACGAUCUGCAAAUACUGCAAGAAAGCGGGGCAUCUUGAGAGGAUGUGUCUCACCAAGACCAACGAGAAGGGGACGGAUGACGCACAUCACCUGGAGGAGCAGCCGUGUGUUAUGAAGGAUGUGUUACACCUGAACGCGAUCCAAGGUAUUGCUGCCAAAUAUCCCAGCUUGGUCGAUCUUGAUGUUGUAUCGCAUCCUUGCUCCACUCGGACAAGUUCUACGGCAAUCUUUUAUUACGAUGUUGCACGUAUUUCCUCGGAGCACAAUUACGUAGACAACGCACGGUUCAUAGAAUUACCAACAGAAAACGAUAGAUUAACUUUGCCUGCUCCCUAUAAUCCGUUUAUCGGUCCGAAAACAUCUAAAGAACUCAAUAUUAAUUCGACGUUUUUAACAAACGACUCAAUAUAACGUUCACCAUACAAAGUUUCAAAAUCUUUCACAAAUUUGUCUAGCAGUUGCCCAGCCACCUUCCACUUCGUCUUGUAAACAUUUGACGAAAGCAAUUUUACAGCACAAAAUAGCAACAUAAAAUGGUUAUACAACUCAUUAGGCACAUGUGGCUUCAAUACAACAAGUCCCGCGUAGUUUAAAAAAUAUCCAAACUCUACUCCUUUCCGAAAAUUCGCAUAUUUUAUGGAACGUAAUUUGCGAUGCAUUUCCGAAGGAAGAUUAAUCUUUAAUAAAGCAGCGGAUAUCUUUUGGCAUUGCUCUUGGGACCAUGCUCUCUUGCCUAGCUUUCCAGCACGCCAUCCUAUAAUUAAUCGCUUCAUUAUCCCUAGAUGAAACAAGUGCAACAGAUCUGAAAUGGUUACAUGCUGCACUAUGUCAAAGUUAUUCAAUUGACAUAGAGGUGUUGUUGUUAUUUGAUGUCUUGGAUAUUCAUAUUUACGGAAUUUUUCAUUUGUUCGUUUUCUUGCAUUUGAAUCAUUUGCAUAAACGAUGGUGUGUCCAGCCUCGCUAUGAUUCCCUUCAACGGUGCAUUUUAAACAGGCGUUAUAGCCGGUAUGCCCUUUUACACCUGCAAAAAUAUAGAAUGUUGUUCAUUAUCAGGUGUGUCUGUUUAUAAAACCCUAUAAACACUAAAUAAUUUUUAACAUGUUUUCAAUACCUUUAAUAAAAGCUCUGGCAGGAGUAUCUGCAACAAUAGCACGCAUUUUCACAACAACUUUCUUUCCGUGAAUGAUGAUACCAUUCGCCAUUAGAAGGCUUAGCUCAUCAACGGCUGGUCGAAGAAACUCUUCUAUAUUGUUUGGUUUCUGAAAUCCACAAAAAAAUGCGGCUGCCAUAACUGGAGCUUGUGGGAGUUCUUCGAUUUUGAACAAUAUCGGCCAAAAUUGCAUAUUACUGCUGUUAUGUAGAGGCAAUCCAUCAAUCGACAAUGUUAAAGUAAUACAAUUAGGAGGUACCUUUACUGAUUUGCAAAUAAAAGGAGAUAAUGAUUAGCUGUAAUUCGAUCAAGUAAAAAAAAAAUGGUGUGUAUCUACUUACCGGAAGUAAUUUAAUAGGCAACUUCUGAAUCCUCGAUACCAAAAUUGUCCACCAUCGA